AUGGCUUUCCAAGUGAAAGACGUAUAUGCGGGUAGCUCCGUGUUGCUCACCGGAGGAACCGGAUUUUUGGGAAAAGUAAUUGUGGAGAAACUGUUAUGGACCAUUGAUGAGAUCGAAAAUAUCUAUUUGAUGAUUCGAACAAGAAAGGGAAAGAAUCCAAAUGAGAGAUUGGCUGGACUUCUCCAUGAUCCUCUUUUCAAUCGAAUCCGUCAAAUUAAACCAGAUGCAUUCAACAAACUUGUUGCAGUUGGCGGAGAUAUGAUGGUCGAAAACCUUGGAAUGGACCCAGAAGAUAUGAAACUCAUCAGAGAUAAUGUCAAUGUGGUUAUCCAUAGUGCUGCCACUGUCAAAUUUGACGAGCAUCUCCGAGCAGCUGUAACCAUGAAUGUCAUCGGAACCAAAAGAAUUAUUGAUCUUUGCCACCAAAUCAAGGAUCUCAAAGUAUUAGUGCAUGUUUCAACUGCAUACGCCAAUUGCGACCGAUUUGAAACUGUUGAAAGAAUUUACAAGUCCCCAAUUCCACCACAGAAACUGGUCGAUGCUAUCUCGUGGAUGGACGAUGAGACACUCACGAAGAUUACUCCAAAAGUUCUUGGUCUUCGUCCAAACACCUACACUUUGACUAAGGCUCUCGCAGAGUCAACAAUCGAGUCAGAAGCCAAAGACAUUCCUGUUAUCAUUAUCAGACCAUCAAUCGUUGGAGCAAUGUGGCAAGGACCACUGCCAGGAUGGACUGAUAACAUUAAUGGUCCCACGGGAAUCUUCACAGCUGUCGGAAGAGGAGUUUUGACUAACAUGUGUGGAAGCAGUGAAUCGAAAGCAGACAUUAUUCCAGUUGAUGUUGUUGCUAACAUGAUUAUUGCUGCAGCAUCUCACAGAGUAUCUAUUAACCCAACUGAAAUUCCGGUCAUCCACUGCUCAUCGGGCGAGAUCAAUCCAUUGUACUGGGGAUAUAUUGUUGUUUUCUUGGAGCAGUUUUACAAGAAGUACCCAAUGGAGCAAUGCUUUUCUGUGCCAUCAACAUACUUCCACAAAUCUCGUACUCUCUUUCUCUUGAGCUAUUACAUUAAGCACCAUAUUCCUGCUGCAAUCUCAGACAUUUCCGCUCGUUUUGUCGGGAAAAGGAAAAACAAUGUUAAGCUGUAUGGAAAGGUGUGGAAAAUGAUCGAGACAUUGCACUUUUUCACUACUCGAGGAUGGAGCUUUAAUGCUAACGGGAUGCCGGCACUUUAUGAGAGAAUGACACCGGAGGAUCAGAAGGAAUAUAAUUUCGAUGUUCGUCAAGUAGACUGGGAUUCGUAUCUGUUUGACUAUGUUAUGGGAAUCAAGAAGUAUCUUCUCAAGGAAAAUUUGGAAAAUUUAGAAAGAUCAAGAGCACAUCUCUGCAGGCUUCGACUAAAGCGUCAGAUUAUCGCAGCACUUGUGUAUGCAGGAGCUAUCAGUACUUUUGGAAGAAAAUGGAAGAAGGCCACCCAAUACAUGACAUGGAUCGGAGCAAUGCUUGCAACAUACACAUACACAGAAGUCAGUUUCAGAAGGCGUAUCCCUCUGAAAUCUUUGAAAGACUACGCGCAAACAGCUGAUUAUUCUCGAUAUCUUCAUAGAAACUGA